UGGAGCUUUACCUAUAGGCUAUCCUGGGUCCCAGAAGCCCUGACGGCCACGUGCGGAGCGGCUGAUACGAUGUGACCAAUGAGACGAAGUCGCUCUCUACUGUCGCCUCAGCGCGGAACAUUGCCCGUCAUGAUGUCUGUCUUCCAUCUCUGUUCUCCGCCUCGGUGACCUCGUGAUGGUCACCGUCUCUCCUCCGACGGACGAAAGAGCUGUUGGCGUAUAAAUUGGAUGCUCUGCCACCCGUGUAGUGAUAAUUUACCUCCGAAUCAGACAUCAUCUCAACAAAUUCCGAUUAGACCAUCUAGUUAAUUAUCCUCUAAUAUACUUAAUACCUAUUAUUCUAUUAUACCCGAUAAAAAUCAUGAGGUUCCAACUCUCGUCGCUACUUGUCGGCAUCGCCGCCGCUGUAGUAUCUGCCCAAGAUGUCCCGCAGGUUGGCCCGUUCGCCCUCCACAUAACGGGCAAAGACGGCAGCUCUAUUGACGGAUAUGCCGGCUCAUGCCAUGCUGGUGCUGCCAUUGAGGGAUUGUGCUACAACGCUGGAGCGCUUCCCGAGGGAAAUUCCUUCCAAUACUACUUCAAUGCUUCCAGUUACACCAAGGUCGACGAUAACGACGUCGGCACGCUUGUGUGGAAGCUCCCUUACAACGACGGCAGCGGAAACCAAGCCACUGUGGAUCAGGCUCUAGGACUGCAGUUCGCUCUGAACAGCAACGUCGCUGAGCUGCUGUUUGGCUUCUCUACCUAUUACUUCAAUGUUGGUUUCGACAAGGCCAGCAAACUAUUCGGCUGGACCUACAUUGACGAUUCGACCUUCGUCCCCGGAGUGAAUCCAGCCCCUAGCGGUAACGGAACGGCCUACUAUCAAUGGUAUGUGUGCUGGCAAUACUUCACUGGUUACUACUACCAGUCGGUUGGAUGGACCUUGACCGGAGAACCUCACAACCCAACUUGCGAGCCCGUUGAUAUUACCCAAGAGUUCCCCUCCUCUUCCUAAUACCGUAUAAUAUUGGGCUCUACUCCAAGUUUAAUAGCUUCGAAUGCCUAAAGUUCCUAGGAAUUGGUUCAUUGAAUGAGAGCUAGGGUUGGCGGUCUUAUGGUGAUGAUUAAUUAUGAGAAGUACGGAAGACGGACGGUAUAUAUAUAGCGAGGUAGGUGAAAUAAUAGCGAAUAUAAUCUUAAUUCUGUUCGAUUUCAAGUACCAUACUUUGUAGAAAAUAGCUAGUAACUACGUAAAAAGGGGUUGCGAACCCAUAGGGAGUAUACCAUCGUACCGGGUCUUGGAAACCCUUUGAGGUUAAUGUCUUAUCGCCAAAGUAUAAGCUUUAAGCCCACGUUCCUGUUCAUAGAUGGAUAGUAAUGCCAUAUAUACCAGUCAAUACAAUCAUCCUAGCCGGAGUUGUUAGAGUACGGGUCGGGAUUACCCGCAGAUCAUAUCCAAAUGCCUGGUGUAAUAACACAGUACAGUAGUCGAGCGCUGCGAGAGAAAAAAAAAAUAAAGCAACUUCCAUCCAAACGUAGAUACCCGUAUGUUUGCAUCAUUUGGCUAUACUUUUCUUGCGAGACAUACCAAUAAUCUGGGAGAUAUCGGGCCGUAAGCGAUCCGUUGUGUUACUAAAUAGCUUCAACCUCCUGGUUGUUUGCGAUUUUGAUAAUCUCCUUAUUCGGACAGGCAG